AUGGACCAGCUGCAGCAGCAAGCUCUGAUGACGGCCGUAAGCAGUGUCGAUCACACAUGGUGGCAGCUCCGGCAACAACUGGACGGCUACUUCGACACGAUGGCCGACUACUGGCAGAGUUUCAAGUCUGCACUUGCGAUCGUGAAAGACUACACCUCGUGCUCGGUGCCCUUCGCCAACCUCAAGACCUCCUACCAGUUCUUGGCACAGGCGCGGGAAGCAGCCCGAAUCUCUUUGAGGAAGACCUGGUCCAGGACCAGCCUGCUUGUCGGCCUGCUCGCAUCUCAGUUCGUGGACGCCGACAUGUUGAAGGUUUUCGCCCAGUGGGACCUCAGGGAUGUGAGGGUGGAGAACAUGGACCUGGGCCGAGUGCAACGCAAGGAUGAAGUCGGCAAGUCAAUGGCAGCUCUGCAGCUGGGCAAGGAGACUCUGUUGAAGAUUUAG